AUGGUAGUCCUCUCGUACGACACUCCCCGACUAGGGCGAGGCACUUCCCGCUCUAUAGAUGCGCACCACUCUAGCACCGCAUCUUCCUCUUACAUCUCACCCUACAUGGACUCUCCAUUCUACUUGGAUCCUGACAAGGCCCCUUCCGCUCCGGCUUUUGUGACCGACUCGACGCAUGUGCAACCUCAUGCGGUGGAAAGGGUGGCUUAUUUUUUUCCAAAGGGCGUGGGAGAGUGAGUAAGGUAUGCAUGGAGCAGCAGCCAAUGAGACUGUGUGGGAAAGGUAGAGAAUUUGGGCCCAGAGAGGGAAGGCCCGCCAGUCACGGAAAGGCUGAGUGAUGCACGCGGGGGUGCGCCUAGCAGGCAGAAGAUGCCAGGAGGAAGAUGUUGGGGAUGCGAGGAAACAUACCGGAAGCGUGGGGCACGGCAAGCACUCAAGAUCCUGAGAUAUUCUGUUCGGGGUAUCAGGGCGCUGGUCUGUAGACGGAUGUGACACAGAAUAGUAGGAAAGACGAGAGCGGAGAGGUGACGGUCCGCCAGCUCAUGGGCCCCAAGUUUCUGAGCCCUGCUUGUUGCGGAACAACGUGCUUGGAUAACAACAUGCUCUUAGAGACUAUCCCCCCUGGCAAGACGCAGUCCUGCCAGCACUGUCAUCGUGCAUCGCUCCCUUUGAGAUGGUCUGACGAACCCUGCCCAUGCCGUUCUCAAUCGUUUAGAUAUCACUACGGCGAACGGCAUCCCAUGAAACCUGCUCGCUUGACUUUGACGAACAGAUUGGUACUGGGAUAUGGCCUACACGAUCGCAUGGAGUGUUAUAGCCCUCGCAUGGCCACGAGGGAAGAAUUGGAAUGGUUUCACGAUUCCGACUUCAUCGACUUUCUGUCCAAGUGAGUUGGAUUUGUGGCCUGCACACGACUGGCUGACCCAUGUAGCCCUGCUCGCUCUCCCUUCAUCCCUCUUGCGACCAGGACCACACCCACAACCCCCCUCUCAGCCUCAUUCACCCGCUUCAAUUUUGCAGACGAUUGUCCGGUUUUCGAUGGAAUGUACGAUUUUUGCAGGUCGUAUGCUGGCGCGAGCUUAGCAGGGGCUCGCAAGCUGACAUCAGGAACUGCAGACAUUGCCAUCAACUGGAGCGGCGGACUACACCACGCAAAGAAGAACGAGGCGAGCGGGUUUUGUUACGUCAAUGAUAUCGUGUUGGGAAUACAGGAGCUAUUGAGGUCAGUGAGCGGUGCAUGUAUGCGAGUGCGCUGAAUGGCUGACGUUCUGACCGUUCUCAUGCAACUCGUGACUACAGGUAUCACCCACGCGUUCUCUACAUUGACAUCGACAUCCAUCAUGGAGACGGCGUUCAAGAAGCAUUCUACAACAAUAAUCGAGUUCUGACCGUCUCCUUUCACAAGUACGGCAACGAUUUUUUUCCUUGCACAGGAGCCCUCACAGAGAUCGGCGUAGGCCUAGGCAAGCACUUUUGUCUCAAUGUCCCGCUUCAGGACGGCAUCGACGAUUCAUCCUAUGUGUCGCUUUUCAAAGCAGUGAUCGAGCCAUGCAUCACCUCUUUUCGGCCCGAAAGCAUCGUCUUGCAAUGCGGGGCUGAUUCGUUGGGAUUGGAUAGACUAGGCUGUUUCAAUCUGAGCAUAUCUGCGCACGGAGAAUGCGUUCGAUUCGUCAAAUCUUUUGGACUGCCCUUGUUGGUCUUGGGAGGUGGAGGCUACACGAUUCGCAACGUGGCGCGAUGUUGGGCGUACGAAACAUCCGUCUUGACCAACGUCUCCAUACCUGAUACCUUACCUUCCACUCCCUACGACGCCUUCUUUGAGCCGACCCACAAACUCCACGAGCCCCUUCAGGCGGCCAGAGUGGAAAAUCAGAAUACAAAGGCCAACUUGGAGAAGAUUAGGAUAGCUUGUUUGGAACAGCUGAGAUAUCUGCAUGGGGCGCCUAGUGUGCAGAUGCAGGAAAUCCCGCCCGACCUAGCCGGAUGGCUCGAGACGGAUCAAGCUGCAGGAAAGGGGAACGAGGAGGGACGCCGGACGGAAAGAGCCGACGACUAA